AUGAAGGGUAGUAAAAAGCCGGCUGGAGGAGCAAAGCAAACCGAGAAGCAGGAUGGCAAGAAGAAAACAAAGGCUGCUCUUCCGCAAACGGCGACUCAGAAGCCUGCUGAGAAUAAGAAAUUGGCGUCAGCGCUUGCAUCGCAUCUGCAGAGCUUGUACAAGGGAGAAGGGGUGCUGGUGGUAGAGGACGACAAACGCAUCAUUUUCUACUGCACUCUGUGCGACGUAUGGGCUUACCAUGACGCGAGCCUGAUCGACCAUAUACAUGGGAAGAAGCACAAGCGGAAACAGGCGGAAGCCACACCGAUCACCUCACCACCGUCCAGCGUCACUGGAAGUCCCCCUUGGGAGAGAACUUCCAAGUUGACGCCACCGUGGAAGCUCGUUGGGGAAGGGAAAAACUCCGCCGUGUCUCCUUCCUCCAAGCGUAAAGCGCCUCAUACGAGUGAUGCCUCUAAGUCUGCUGCUGGCGGCUCCAAGCGCCAGAGAAAAGCCAAUGGUCAAGAUGUUGCAGUCACACCGGACGGUGAGGCGGAUGCACGUGACGUUGUUCCAGAAACAGCAGCAGAAGAAGAAUCGGAUGAGCCAAGCCGACCUGAGGACUUCGCCCUGGCAUUGUUCAAGUUCACGAACCUGAUUGGUCGCCGAGGGAAGUGGGAGAAGCAGCUGUUGAAGUGGUCCGAUGGCGGUCCUGGUGAGAAGCACAGUCAGAAGGAGGAGCUACCACUGCUGGCAGAUGUCCCCGCCGAGCAUCCAGGGGAGCUCAAGAAGCAACCGGAAGAGGCCAGCGACAAGGAUGUUCCACGAGAUGACGAUGAUGGUAACAAAGAGAAAGAACUGAAAGGCACGUCUGGUGCUGAGCCACAGUGCACAGAAGAGCCAAUUGAAGUUAAUGCGGAUGUGGAAGAAGCACGUGGAGCUCGCACUGCCGACGACUCUACUCCCGCGCCUGAGCUGCAUGAGGCGGUUGCUGGUAGAACUGAAGACGAAGCGACUGAGAAUGCAGCUGCACCUGCGGUUCCAGUGCCAGAAGCAGCAGCAGGGGUUGACGCCUCUGGAGAUGCCACAGCACCGGCUGCAGUGCCAGCUAAGAGACGGAAAGGAACUCUGGGAGCUGGUGCAGGGGCAUCUGCAACGAGAGUGUGCUUUCUGUGCCAGCUGCCCAUGAUGGAAGGGCAGGUGGUUGGAGCCCUGUGGAAUGCACGCUUGAAACAAUUUGCCUGCAGCAGCAGGAACCGACACAAGAAGUUCCACAUAUUCCACUCGCACUGCAUAGCGGACUGGGUGGUCUUCUGCUCUGCGGUCGCCAGCACCAGUGUGCCGCCCGCCCUCUGCUGCCCGCUCGAGGCUGACGUGGCGCACCUCCUCUCCUCCAUGCACCGCCACCAAAAGGCACACGCGCCGUCCCUGGGGCCAAGCCGCCAGGCCAGUGGCGCUGCCACACCUGCUGCCGCUGCUGCUGCUGGCAGAGUCACAGGGGCUGCAGCAGCUGCUGCUACUGCUGCUGAGGCUGGCGGUAGUGCUCCUGUGUCUGCCAGUGCUGCUGCUGAAGCGAAUGCGAAUAACCAGCCUGGAGAUGCUCCUCAGUCUAAUGGGGCUGAGCGUGUGGGGCCGGGUGGGGAUGCUGAUGGCAGCAGUGCUAGCAGUGACGAGAAUCAUUCCGACGCGUGGGCGUGGGCUGGCAUCCCAGACGCAAUUCACUCCUCUGCCACCGCUGCUGCUGUUGCAACCUCUGCCCUGGCUGCUGCUGCUGCCACAGGGCCAGUGUCCAGUGAAGAUGCAGCAGUGGUGGCCAUCGUGGCAACAGCUGCUGCGUCGGCUGCUGCGUCCCUGAUGGCUCCACCUCCUGCUCCUCCUGCCUCUGCAUCUGCUAUGUCACAUCUUCUGGGCAAGCGCAGCUCAGCUGACACCGUGGCACAGCAGCCAGGCAAGGCGAAGAGAGGCGUGCCCUCAGCAGUGCCGGCAUCAGCGCCUGUAGCAGCGUCUGGAGCAGCUGGAGCUGCCAGCAAGGGCGUGCCAGGCAAAGGGGCAGAAUCAGAGGCAGCAGUGUCAGUAGGAACAGGAGGAACAGCAGUGCCAGCAACGCCAGCUGCUCCUGAGGGCGCAGAGGCGCUGGAGGGAGUAAAGCUGUUGCCGCUGACUGAGGUGUUCUGUCCGGAGUGCCAGGGCACAGGGCGGUAUGGCCCUCAAAACGCCCUGGAGCACCCCCGCUACCGCCUUGCUCAGGUGUUUGACUGGAUUGUGGCCAUGAUGGUGGCGCGGCACAAGGCAACCCUUGCACUGAAAGGAAGCACGGCGAGCAGUGGAGAGCAGGAGGAGGACGGUGGUGCAGGGAGGACGGCAGAAGUGGGUGCGGCAGACAAGGGAUAUCCCAUUAUGGCAGACGCUGAGGGGUCACCAGAGGGCUGCGAGAAGGCACCAAAGGGGGCCGAGGGAGCAUCAGAAGGCGGGGAAAAGACACCAAAGGGCAGGGAGAAUGUGGAGAGGUCAGGUGGCAUGGAGGCGGAUAAGGGCUUGUGUGAUGAGAGGGAGGUGACAGCAGCCGAGGCUGCUCAUCCCCCUCCUGCAGCCAGUCCCUCUCAGGCGGCUCACAGUGCAGCAGUCACUGGGGGAUCCCUUCCAGGGAAUGAAGCAGGCAUGCAGGAUACGGGUGCUGGCAGCAGCAUGGGCGUGGUUGCUGGCAGCACGCUGGCCAGCAAUCCUGUGGAGAGUGCAGCAGAGAAGGGGUCAGAAGGGUGCCGUCUGCCCAUUCUGCACCGAGUCCUCUCCUCCCUACAUCUGCAACCCUACAUCUCCCUUCAUCUGCUUCUGCCUGCCCACCCGUCCCUAUGCCAGGCAGCAGACACUGCUUUCCACAACCUCAGGACCCCGCACGCGGCUCCCUUCCUUGGCGGAAAUCCGUACUCCCUCGCGUUUAACGUGCAGUCCGCGUCGUCUUUCCAGUCCCACAACGCCGCGCCGUUUCUGUCCGAAAACCAGCUCGAGUUUCCCGUUUCCAGCGCGCGCCAAUGCGGACGGAUUCCGUUAGAGCCGCCAGUAACAGAGAACAAUAACAGCAGCAACAGCAACCAUGAUAACACUGAUAACUACGGCGAGAACACAUCCAGCCCUCCGUCUAGAGGCGCGUUCGACCUCCAAACCCCCAACAUGAACUUCGACGCUCCGUGCGACGCGCCGUGCGACGCUGCGACGCGCAUGAUCCGGCUGCCGUACGACCUGCAUCCGCCGGACAUCAACCUGCCUCUCCCCCUCCCCAUGUCCAUGUCCAUGUCCAUGUGCCUCGACCUCGAUCUCGACGCCGCCUCCCCCGCGCACCACCCCGUUGCUGUCUCCCUCCCCACCAAUGCCGCGCAUCCCGCUGGUGCCGCUCGUCCCGCUCAUCCCACUGAUGACGCUGACGUGGCUGCAGCGGCGGCCGCGAAUUCUCCUGCUCCUGCUGCUGCGGCUGACGCUGUUGCUGCUGCUGGUGUUGCAGCUGGAAUCAAUGGCGCGGUUGGUGGGGAGAGCGGCGUUGGUGGGGAUGCGCGGGACUUCGGGAGUGGUGGGAGGGGGAAUAGCAGCAACAACGUGGGUGGCGCAGAGGGGGAGCAGCGCGGGAUGGAAGAGCGCGAUAGGGCUGGCGAGCUUGGCGGAAACGGCGAGCUGGCGAUUCUGAGGGCUUUCCAGCAGGGCGCGGGAGGGGAGAACGCGGAGAGUGGGUCCGCGGAGGGCGCAGGGGGGGAGGAAGGGGAGAACAGGCGGGAGCAGCAGGCGGAGCAAGGAUUAUCAGAGGAGGGGGGCGGGCAAGAAGCAGGCGCUGAUGCUGGCGGGGAUACUGGCGGAGAUGGUGGGGGAGAUGGGGGCGGGGAUGUUGGCGGAAUGGCCCUCUGGUGGGAUGUAGGUCCGGCGCCGAACCUGGACAUUGAGAUAGCUCCGGUUGGUGCCCCGGCAACCCGGUUUGCACCGAGGCUGAUCUUCAGCCUUGACAGCCACCCACCGUCCACCGCUGCUACUGCUCCUGCCCCUCCUGCUGCACUGAAUGCAAACACCAGAGGAGCUAUAGCCUCCAGGCCCACUGUACCCUCCAGAUUUGGUGGUUUCAGGGAGAGUGGGUCGGCCACAGGAGCUGGUGCGGGAGUGGAGGCUUCAUGUGCCUGCAUGCCCGCCCUACUGCCUCCCUCCCUCCAUCCUUCUCACCCCCCACCGCCCACACCCCUACGCCUGACCACUUUCCACCACCAGCGUGGAGAGGAGGCGUUUAUGGUGCAACACGAUGUGGAGAAUGCGUGCAUGUGGGCGCUCAGUCGGGGCGAGGAGGCGUUUAUGGUGCAACACGAUGUGGAGAAUGCGUACAUGUGGGCUCUCAGUGUGCGGCCAGAGCAAUGUGCGGCCAGAGCAAGUGGAGGAGAGGCGUUAUGUGCUUGCAUUCCUGCCCUACUCCCUCUCCCCCUUCACCCAUACCCACCCAACCAGCGGGGCGAAGAGGCGUUUAUGGUGCAGCACGAUGUGGAGAAUGCGUACAUGUGGGCGCUCAGUGUGCGGCCAGAGCAUGCGCUGGGCAAGAUGCAGCUGCGCUCCUUCAUCAACGGCAACUCCAGGGUGGACGAGCCGUGCUUCCCCUUCCCUGAGAAGGCUGGCUUCGCGCGAUCACACCGCCUGCAGCGGCGGCGCUACAAGGGGCUGGCCAACCCCCUCUGCAUCCACGGCAUUGCACCCGUCCCCGCCCCUGACCUCUCUGCCGUGUCCCCCCACUCGCGCAUGCGCUGGGAGGAGAUUACUGGUGAGUUGGUGGCUGUCAGGUGUCGCACACAGGGUGAAACGUCUUAA